AUGGUAAAACCCUUGGUGAUCUUGUGGUACAUGUCAAAAAAAAAGCCCAAUGAUUCAAAGGAAGAGGCUCUGAAGUCUAAUAAAUGGAAAGAAAAAGAGCUGGUGUUAAAUGAAGAAGUUGAUAUAGAAGAGGGUGAUCCAAAUUUAGUUGAAAAUAAUAAAGUGACUAGUAAUCCAAUGCCUACCAUGAUGGUUUUCCCUCUAUUCCCUCAAGGUCUCAAAAAGAAUGAAACAAUGCGAAAUUCAGAAUUCAUGGCUAAGCUUAGCAACCUCUCCAUUAAUAUCCCAUUGCUUGCGACUAUCCAAUAUAUCCCAUGGUAUGCUAAGUUUAUGAAAAAGUUGAUGUCCAAGACGAGGGUUGUUGAUAGUGAUACAAUUGAAGUUAAUCAUGGGUGUAGAGCUACCAUGGCUAGUGCAAUAGUAGAAAAGAAGGAAGAUUCGGGAGCAUUUACAAUUCCAUGCACCAUCAGGGCACAUAAGUUUGAAAAAACUUUAUAUGACCUUGGUGUAAGUAUAAAUCUCAUACCCUUCACAAUAUAUAAGAGGAUUAUAUUGGGCACUCUUACUCCAAUGUCAAUGAGUCUUUUUAUUGUAGACCGUUCGUUCAAGAAACCGGUUGGUGUUGUUUUUAAUGUUUUGGUGAAAGUUAUUAAAUUCAUCCUUCCGGAAGAAUUUAUGGUGCUAGAUAGUGAAAUAGAUCAUGAGGUUCCUAUCAUUCUUUGUAGACCUUUUCUUUCCCCCGUUAGAGCCAUUGUUGAAUUGGAGCUUGCGGAUAAAGUUUAG